GUACCGCCGGAGCGCGUGUGGGGAGUGCGGCGAGGGUCCGUCGGCAGAGACGCACGGAAUCUCUCGGCCCGGGAUGAGUAUGUGAGCCUGCUGGUGACGAGUUGACGAUAGACGAGAGACGGACUGACGGAGAGAGAGGUGGUGUUGGCGGGAGAGAUGGCCGGAGGGGGCCGGCUGGAGGCCAUCCUCGCACUCUGUCUUCUCGGACUGGCAAACGGUGACGGCGCCGCACCUCGUAUCACCGAGCAGCCCAACAGUGAGCUGGUGGUGCGCGGUCAGCCGGUGACCUUACACUGCAAAGCCGAGGGCGAGCCCACCCCGAUCGUCAGCUGGUUCAAAGAUGGCCGCCCGCUGGUACCCGGCGAGGGACCCGAGAGGUUCUUCCUGCACGGCAACACGCUCUACUUUGUGGAGGUGCGCAAAGAGGAUGAUGCUGGAGUCUACUGGUGUGUGGCGGCCAACCGGCACGGCGAAGCGCGCAGCCGAAACGCCACGCUGCAGAUAGCAGCGCUGCGGGAGGAGUUUCGCGUGUCGCCGCAGGACGUGCAGGUAGCGCAGACAGAGACGGCGCGCCUGCGCUGUGACCCGCCGCGGGGUCAUCCGCCGCCAGAGGUCACCUGGCUUCGCAACGGAGAGCCGCUUGACGUGACCGGGUCACGGCGGCUCCGUGUCGACGGCACUGACCUGGUGGUGACGGAUGCGCGGCACCAUGACGAGGGCGCCUACACGUGUGUGGCGCGGAACAGAGCAGGGGAGCGACGCAGCCGGCCGGCCCGGCUCACUGUGCAUGUGAAGCCGUUCUUUCUGCGUCCGCCGGAGGACAUCACUACCGCCGUCUCCCAGCGUGCCGAGCUCACCUGCCAGGUGUCUGGCGACCCCCAGCCGCAGAUCGUCUGGAAACGGGUGGGCGCCGAGCUACCCGUCGGCCGCGUCCUAGUCACCGACGAGAAGAGCCUGCGUAUCGACGACAUACGACUGGGGGACGAAGGAGAGUACUUCUGCCGCGCGGAGAACGCCGUCGGGAGUGUCACAGGAUCUGCGAGACUCUCCGUUACAGCGCCGCCGAAGAUUACCACCCGGGCGACGAUCGCCGAGUCGGACAUCUCAGAGCCGGUGGCGCUCGACUGCCGCGCCGAGGGCCGGCCCACGCCGAUCGUCUACUGGCUGAAGGAGGGCCGUCCCGAGCCGCUGGCUCCCGGCGGACGGCACACGCUCGGCACCAACGGCUCCCUGGUGCUGUCCCGACCGCGGCCCGGCGACCAGGGCUACUACGUGUGCGGCGCCGUCAGCACGGCCGGCUCCGACCUGCUGCGGAUGGAGCUGCUGCUGCGCUCGCAGCCGGUGGCGCAGCUGCCGGCGCCGCAGCAGCAGGCGCGCCAGCUGCUCGACCGGCGCCCGGUGGCCCUGCUGACCGCUCGCGCCGAGUCGCCCUCCGGCGCGCUGCUCGUCUGGAGCUCGGAGCCGGGCCUGUCGCCGGUGGAUGGGUUCUAUGUGCGGUACCGACCGGUGACGGGAGGUCCGUUCGCGACGGUCACCGUGCCCGACCCGGCGGCCACCAGCCACCACCUGUCGGCGCUGCGCAGCCACACGGAGUACCAGGCGAUCGUGUCACCGUACUACCGAGGAGUCGAGGGCCGGGCCGCGCCGCUGGUCACCUUCACCACCCUGCAGGACGCUCCGUCGGCGCCGCCGCAAAGUCUGAAGGCGCGCGUCGUAAACGACACGAGCGUGCUGCUCCACUGGCAGCCGCCUCCCAAAGAGCACCGCAACGGCCUCCUCACCGGCUUCGUGCUGCGCCUGCUGUCCAACGCCACCCAGCUGCGGCGCAACUUCACGCUGAACGCCACCACGCUGGACCUGCGGCUGACCUACCUGGAGCCGCACACCGACUACUGGGUGCAGGUGGCGGCCGUGACCGCGCCCGGCACCGGCCCCGACACGGAGCCUCUGGCGUUCACCACCGGCGGGCCGCCGCCGCCCGCCGCCGGCGACAGCGGCCGCGUGCUCGACCAGGCCUGGUUCAUCGCUCUCCUCGGCUUCCUGGUGUUCGUGGUGGCGGCGCUGGUGAUUGGGUUGGUGUACGUGAAGCGACAGCAGACGCUGAAGCAGGGCCUGUCGCCGCCGCGAGGCAAACAGAGCCAGGAGGCUAUGUGGGUGGACCGCAACUGGCGGCCGGCAGACUCUGAUAAGGACUCGAGCCUCUCGGAGCAGAAGCUGCUCGGGUACCAGCAGCACCACGUGGGCGGCGGCCCGCCCGGUCAGACGGCCGCCCUCUGCGCCGAGUACGCCGAGCUCGACCAGCUGCGCGACAACGGUCCGUACGCGUCCGCCUGCGUGAUCCGCCAGAACCCGCUCAAUCGGAUGUACAGCCUGCCGGGCGGGUACGCGGGCGCGCAGAGCCUGCCCGGCGGCAGCGGCAGCAGCGCCAGCGGCAGCAGCGGCAGCAGGGGCUUCCCGACGCUGCCGGCCGGCGCGGGGGGCGGCGUGCCGCACCAGCCGUGCCAGCCGCGCCUGCUGGACGUCAUACCGCCGCCGCCGUCACACCCGCCGCCAGACGAGCGGGCCACCUACCACCGGGCGGGCGCGGCGCGCGGCGGCUACCAGUACCGCGACCCGUGCGUCGAGUACCGCUGCUCCGAGGGCGAGUCCUCGUAUGACGAGCGACCGCCGCCGGGCGUCGUGCCGUGCGCGCGCCGUGCAGCGCCGCCCGUCGAGACCGAUGACUCGGACUAUUACGGCAUCCCGGCCGGCGGCGGCUACCACGGCUACGGGCUGCGCUCGGCCGCGCCGGUCGCCUACCCUCACAUAUCCAGUGCUCAGCCAGCCGGCGGCGUUGUGGAAAAGCUGGCCUAGUCGUUACCGCCGCGCCGAUGGACGUUAUAUGGACGUUAUUUGGACGUGAUCGUCGUACGAUGGACGCGCGGGCGUUCUUCGUGUCGGCCGAGCGUGCGCGCGAGUCGCCGUUGUGUAUUUAUUGCGCCGCCUGCUUGUAGGGUCUCCGCGUGCGCGGCAUCAGUAACCGCUUGGUGUCAUUCCCGUGCCAUCUGCACGUGCGGCGGCCCGUGGCGACCGUCGCACGUGCCGCAAUAACCCGUGCGCCACCGCGGCCGCUGCCCUGCAGAGCCGCGAGCGCGCGCCCUCGUGCUCCGAUCGGCCCGUUUGUAUUUUGUUAAAGCUGUGAUAUGUACAAAGUAGGCAAGAAACCUGAUCAAACAGGAAUAGAGACACGAUUAUA